UGCUAUUCUUCCGUUUCGCGGAAAUCGGAACUUUUGUACAGGAGAUCGAUGUUUCCGGCGGAGCCAAUUAUGGUUGCAAAUCGCCGUAACGUCGUAUUCAGCAUUUACGGCACGCAGUAUGAGUACAAGUUUGCGGUAUUUCUUAUUUCUGUGUGUGAUUUGGGAGUCAGCACGUGGAGAAACAUACAAAAACUGAACACGAGUUUCUGGAGCAGCAUGCGCUGUAUUUGAGUUGGGAAGGAGAACAAAGCCCGGUCUUAUGUAAAAAUUAUAAAUCAAGAAGAGGUGGACAAAUGUGCUUGUCAAAUGACAUUUUAAUUGUUCGUUUCAGUUUUGAAUUGUACAUAUAUUGUACAGUUAAACCCAUUGUAUUUCUCUCGUAAAUUGCACCGAUAAUAUGUCAGUAAAUCAAGAGAGUCAAAUUCCAUCCAUCCGUCCAUCCAUCUUCCAUGAGGGCUUAUCCAACACGGACCGUGAAGAGCAUCUCAGGAUGCACAAUGCAGGAGUCGUAUUCCAUAGAAUGAUUUUUAAAAAAUCAUAACAUUAAUGUUUAUAACAGACAGUAACAGCUCUGACAUCAGUCAUCCAAUUGAACGUAGCAUGUUAACCUUUACACAACAUCAAAAUGUAUAAUCUUAUUUGGAGCGUUUAUGCAUUGUUAUGCUUACUUAAAUAUCUUUUUGAUUUGAUGGCACAAUGCUGUAAAAAAAAAAAAAAAAAAAAAAUAGACUGAAGUCAACGGAGCAGGUGAACCGGGCCCUAGCGGAGGCCUCCACGUUAGUGGCAGCGGGCCGGUCAUGUGACCGCAGCUUGAUCACGUGAGAAUGUGAGUCAGCAGCAUGGAAGUUGUCAUGCCUGAAAACGGCAUCUGAUGCACCGAGACGUUGCCUCGAGUGGGUUUGUACGGCUGGCUCGCUAGCCGGCUCGCUGAUUCCCCUUCCGUACAGUGGUGUGUUACGCUGCAUCUUAAUAUCGAGGGUGAAGCGCAAAGCGAUGGAGUGGCUGGUCGGCGAGGGUUCUGUGUUUCCCGAGGAGGACGUGAGCCGCGGCGCCCGAAGCCCCGCACCCUCUGUAUCAGCAGCCGAGCGCGGACAGCAUGGCCUCGCUGUGCCGGAGCCAGCAGCAGUGCGUCAAGGCCUCCAUCGUGUCCGGCUGGCAGCUGGCGGAGGCGCAGGACCAGCUGUGCGGCCUGGAGCUGCACGGCUCCGAGUCGGCGGAGCAAGAACACGCCCGCGCCCAGGCAGGAUCCGCCGAGCUCUUCCAGACGGAGCGCGAGUGGCGGCGUAAGGAGCGCAUGCUGGGCGGCGGUGACCUCAGCCGGAGCCCCGUGUUGGACCCGGACUGCAGUCGGGACGUUUUUAACAAGAGUAUUAUUAAUGUUCAGAGUAGGACUAUGGAGAUGGAAAAUGACAGGAGUAAAACCUUCGUUCAGAAGUACGACCAGCAGCUUAGACACUUUGGAAUGCUGAGAAGGUGGGACGACAGCCAGCACUUCCUCUCAGAUCACUCCCACAUCAUCUGCGAGGAGACGGCCAACUUCCUGAUCCUGUGGUGUUUCCGGCUACAGGCCGAGGAGAAAGAGGCCCUGAUGGAGCAGGUAGCUCACCAGGCGGUCGUCAUGCAGUUCAUCCUGGAAAUGGCCCACACCUCUCAGAGGGACCCCCGAGGCUGUUUCCGGCAGUUCUUCCAGAAGGCCAAGGCAGGGCAGGAGGGCUAUUUGGAUGUCUUCCAGAAAGAGCUGGAGGCCUUCAGGCAGCGGGUGAAGGAGUUCACACUGAACAGCAAAGGGGAGACGCAGAGAGCCCCCGGCUGCUGCCGUUUGGACCCCAAAGAAGUCCUGGAAUCGCUGCCCCCUGACCUAAAGGCAGGACUGCAGAUGCAGGAUAUGCAGACUCUGCAGAAUGUCCUUCGCAACAUGAAUCCACAGGUGGCAGAGUAUCAUGUAAAACGCUGUUUGGAGGCCGGACUGUGGAACCACGCGAUGAGGGGAGCGAAAGAGGAGGCCAGCGACACGGAGGAGCCGCGGACAAUGGAGAUCUCGUAGAAGCGAGGGGGCCUAAGUUAGGGGGGUCAGGGGGUGGGAAUGAAAGGGCUGAGACCCAAACAGAGAUUAUUUUUGUAUGCAGAAACUGCGUUUGAAUGUGUGCUGCACUUUAUAUAUGUUCGGAAAGAAUAAACAAACAACUCUUUCGGAGUACUUAUUGUUUUAUUUUCCUGUGUUUUUGUUUUGUUGGCUUUUUUUGGGCUUAUAGGAACAAAACAAGCUCUGGAGUUUUAGAUUUUGCCCUUUCAGUAGUGCUGCGAUCAUGACCUCUGUAUCAGCUGUAGCAUUAGCAACUGAAGAACUUAGGAGGUUAGAAAUUCUAUUACUCUUUGCUUUGAUUUUUCUUGUUUCCUUUUUUAACUGGGAUAAUUUAAUUUUUAGAUUUCUGUUUUAAGUAGUCCGGUUUUAAAGAGGCCCUCGCUGGUGGCCCAGGGAAUCCCUUGUGUAUGAGAGAACUUCAUCUGAUAUAUCAAUCUGGGGAAUUGCUUCUACUCCAAUAAGGUUUCAGAAUGGUUUGCUGUCUGAGGCUAAUUAAAAAAAUAAAUUAAAAAAACUCUCAAAGUACGGCUAGCAUUGUGGGUACUUAGUGUUGUGCAUUGCAUUGCUAUGCUGACUCAAAACCUAUGCAAACUUCUCAUGCGCAUCGACUUGUAGUUCUGAAGUUUCUACUGCCCUGUUUCUCGCGCCAUCCUGUCAUACCUGGGGGGAGGGGCGGUAGAGCUCGUGGUUACCAUGACGACAGGACAAAAGCUGCAGCGUCUUGCAUUCUGAUGUGCUGUAUGGUUGCUACACAAAAAAAAAGCUUUGUGAUGAAGCAAACUGCAUGCUGAUACUGACCAAUAAAGCGACGUUUUUAGUAACAAUG